AUGCUAGCUCGAGGUCUUCUUGUGCUGGUCAGCAUUGCUGCCUUCUUUUCCGAGCCGGCUCGCUCCCAGCAAGGAACAGACCUGACUAUCCUUCCCGGAGCACGCGGCACGGCUGUCGUGGAGGCUACCGUGUCGAAGAUCGAUCGCCUGACGGCACUGAACACGGAUCUGCGCGCAAACUACAGGUUCAUUCGGCGCAUCGCUUGGGUUGAAACCGCUGACGGAACUGCGUCCAUCACCUACGAUUGCGAUAUGUACCACGGCGGAAUAUGGAGAGUGGACCGCUCUGUCUAUGACAUCACCUUCGGAUUGUACAACAACCCGAGUUACGCUUCCAUCUUUAAUGACAUCCAGCAGAUCCUGGGCAUAAACUGGAGCCGGAGUACUUGGCGAGACUGUCGUAAACCUCUGUAUUCGGCCGUGGCUGCUCGGCUGUAUUUUCACAGUCUAAGCCCACAUUUUAUUAUCCCAGGAGGACUGAAUAAUCAAGCGUCAUUAUGGAGAGUUGGAUACCACGAUCAACCGACAGGUACGGUGGAGAAUUUCAUCAGGAAGGUCCGAGCUCUUGAAAGUGAAGAAUGCGUCCAAGACAUAGAUCUUGUCUUUGUCUUGGAUAGUUCAGGGAGUGUGGGAUCUACUGACUUUGAGCAGACCAAGAACUUCGUAUCAAAUGUCGUGGACAACUUCAACAUCAGUGCGCACGAGACCCGCGUUGUGUACACUUGCCACAUCGAAUCAACCGGUAAAUCGAAUGAGUGUGGGGUUCAAACAGAGUGUGAAGUUGGUGACAUCUUAGAAUUCCUGGCACAGGUGAGCGUAAACGUCGUCAAGACUGUCGACAACGUUCUCAAUCUGCCUAACGAAAUCUUCGAAAAGAGUGAUGAUGAUGCUGCUGGAAGGAUCCUCCAAACCUUCGAGACACAGCUGACGUACAUCCAGGAAAACCUGACGAUUGACAACCUGUCGAACCUAGCUGUUGAUGUCGUCGUACUUGGCCCAGAUUUAGACACCGAUUCCGGCAUAAGCUACGCUAGCAUCCCUAGAGGCGGGUUCCUCGAUGACACACUGCAGAACAAUGAGGGUCAGUUGAGUUCGGUGACCGAACCACGGGAUGACGCCGAAGCAUUCAUUGGUCUUCCCGGAGAAGCUCUGAAAUUGGAUGAUGAACAAGGUUCCAGGAUAAAUUUGCCUGUUGUUUUCGCCGUGUACCAGACCUCAAAACUGUUUCAGUUAGCCACACCCGAGUCGCUAAGCUUUCCUGACGGGAGACAACUGUUAGUGAACAGUCGCAUCGUAUCAGCUAUCGUCGGAGACCGAGAUCAAAUCAUUGAAAACCUGAUGAGCCCUGUUGUAGCGUCUUUCAUUUCUCUGGACACAUCACUGACAGGUGAGUCAAUCUGUGUCUUCUGGGACACUGCUGCCAGCAACUGGUCCACUGAGGGAUGUUCUCAGUCCACGGUCAACCCUGGUCAACGUCCCGUGGCCUGUGACUGCAAUCACUUGACUAACUUCGCUAUUCUACUGAGUUAUUAUGGUGAUAUUGACAAUUUUGCGUUGGAUAUCAUCAGCAAGGUCGGCUGUGCAGUAUCGAUCGGGGCGCUGCUUCUGACUAUUAUGGCUUGCUUGGUGCAUGGUGAGCUUAGAAACAACCCGGCGAAGAAGUCCGUGAUCAACCUGUGCGUAUCCCUGCUAGCCUUGUAUGCCGUCUUUCUGGCCGGUAUAGAACAGGCUCAGUCCCCGGUCACCUGUGUCAUCAUGGGCGCUCUGAUCCACUACUUCUUUCUGACCUCCGUCUGCUGGGCCUCGGCCGAGGCGCUGAAUCUUUUCUACCUGCUUGUCAUCACGCGCAGGGGACUGAUGACUGGAUAUCUGUUGAAGAUGCUGCUGUUCUGUUGGGGUUUGCCAAUGGUGAUCGUGGCCUGCACGUUCGUGGUGCCGUAUUUGGUCACUGGACAGUGGGAACUCGAGGACGAAUACUGCUUCUUAACACCUGGCAACGCACUCUACUUUUGCGUCCUCCUCCCAGUUGGCAUGAUGCUGCUCUUCAACGUCUUCAUCUUCAUCCUCCUCGUGCGUCGUCUCGUCUGUCAGCGCAUCGAGUCCUCAGUAACCCGCCGUGAGACCCACCUAGAUGCCUCCAUCCGUCACGGUAGACUCAUGCUGCCCAUAAGUCUACUGCUGGGGGCGACUUGGUUAGUGGGUUUCCUGGCGGUUGAGGAUGCAACCUACUUCUUCCAGUGGAUCUUUGCCGUACUCAACUCACUGCUUGGCCUGGCUAUCUUCCUGCUCUUCAUUGUUGGGAAGAAGACGGGGAGGAAAGGGCUUGGGAAGCUGAUCUGCGUCGAUCAGAUCAGGAAGAUGACAAGCACCCAGUCAUCAUCUGCAAUCCGUGGAAGCACGCCCCAUGGCGUUGAUGUCGCAUCAACAUAACUGAUACAAAUGACAAGAUAUACACAUUGAGACGAU